CGUGCGGCGGGAGGGGUCCCGCCCCCGGAAGCGAGCGCCGUGUCGGCGGCCGGGGCCGGUCGCGGUGCGCCAUGGCUGGUGGCGGUGGGGAUGCGGUCCGCGCCCUGCUCCGCGCCGCCAACGCCAUCCUCCAGCAGCGCCGAUACCGCGCCGCGCUCGCCGUCCUCAAGGGCUUCCGCAACGGGGCCGUUUAUGGAGCAAAAAUUCGUGCCCCACAUGCCCUGGUGAUGACUUUCUUGUUCAAGAGUGGAAGUUUAAGAGAGAAAUUGAAAUCGAUUGCUCAGGCUACGUAUACUCAUUCCCGGAACUUGGCCUAUUUUGUGUUCACCUACAAGGGGCUGAUGGCGUUGCAGUCCUGGCUACAGGGGAAAAAAAUUCCAUUUCAUUCUUUCUUUGCAGCCUGCAUUGGAGGUUGGCUAGUGUUCGGUGAGAACAACCCCAUCAACAGCCAGAUCAUUAUGUACCUGCUGUCUCGCAUCCUGUUCGGCUUGUCUCGGCUGGCAGUGGAAAAGGGCUAUAUCCCACAGCCAAAGCAGGAUCCCUUCCCGCUUGUCGCUGCUCUGAUAUGGGGGACAGUUCUCUGGCUCUUUGAGUACCACCGGCAAACUCUGCAGCCUUCUCUGCAGUCCUCCAUGACCUACCUGUACGAUGAUAGUAACGUAUGGCAUGACAUUUCAGACUUUCUCAUUUAUAACAAAAGGACAGACAACAAGUAGGUGGUUCAUUGUCAAAUACCUUUGAAUGGGACGGUACCUUCCAGCAGCUAAGGGAAAAGGUUAUUCUGUUGCUCUUGACUGGUGAUUUUUUUUAAAUUAACAUCUAUCAGGCAUAGGUGCUUUUUGUGUUCUGGCCAAAAUGUUCUGAUUAGUCUUCUCUUUGCUCUGUUUAGAGUGAGUAAAUACCCCACAGAAACUUGUUACAGUCCUCAGUGAGAGUAAAAUGCCUUGGGAAUCUUGAAUUAAAAGAAGUCAUUUUUUUAAAAGAGGCCUUGUUUUCCCUACAAGUAUGUGGUUUUAUGUUUUAAAGAAGCUAAAUAUCAAAUGACAGCCUGAGAGUAAGUGGUCUAAUCAUGAUCACGUGAUCGUGUCAGAUAAUGCAAAAGUGUUCUAGGGAUUGUCUGAAUGCCCUCAGGACGUUUUUCUGUGUGGCUGUGCUCAUCCUGGUGUGAUGGGAGUGGGGGAACCUGCUCAGGUCUGAAGGCCGGAACAUAAUUUCUUGAUUUCUGUGGACGACUGAAAAUCUUGUUUAAGCUAUUACAAGGCCAAUUGUGUGCUCCCUAAGAGUGUUUCUCUGCAGUUUUCCCUCAGGGAGACAAUAAGAUGUUUGAGAAUAAAACUGUUAAGAUUGUCUGGUACCAGUCUGUUAAAUCAGGCUUGGAGGGGCUGUUUUUGCUUGUUUUCUUUCAUGCACUUGGGCUGAAUCUGUCCCGCUGCAGAGUGCGCUAAUUAAUACCCUGUAAUUACUUUAAACUUAUUUGUAAAGUUUUUAAAAGCUGCUUGAACUAAAUACCAAAAACAGUUAUGCAACUUAGACUCCUUUGAAGACGUGCUGAGGCGCAUUGCACGCCCUCAGAUAUCACACUGGGUCCUUUAUACGUAGAAGCAAGCAACACUUUUAACAAGCACUUUUAUUUUGGUGGAAGAUAAGCACAUGGGUUUCUCUUAGGCCCAGAAUCUACCCUCCGCAGCAGUGGCAUAUGUUAGCUGUAAUCAAACUUGAACGUACCUGUAGUUUGUGCAGGCUUGUUGCUGAGCCGGGUUGAGGCCACGGUUGAAUACACAAGUGAAUCUUCCUCUUCAAAAUACACUACUGAGCCCCAGGAAUAGUGCAGCACACACUGGGCUUUACCAGAAGAUUGACUAGAUAACUGAGAAAGAAGAAAAGCUGGUUUAAAAUUAAUAAAAUCAAGCUCUUCAUAGUGCAAAGCACUUACCCUGCCACUACACCAUUCACUUAAUGACGUAUAUUAAAAUGAUUCCUGACACACUGGUUUAACAUGGUGAUGUUCGCAAGGGAGUCAUCAAGUUUUCUGUACUAACCGUUCCCUUUUGGCUCAGUCGGGACUGGUUUGUUCACUUUCCCUGUACCCAUCUGCUUUUCCAUCCUGACCUGACCACGUCAUUUUAUAAUCCCGCUGAUGCUGUUCUACAUCGUCCUUUGCAGUCUUUUUACUCCAGGCUCGAGCAAUUUGUCGUGUUCAAUGGUAUGACUGAAACAGUACAUUUAAGUUGAGGUAGCUUCGGAGUAGAAAAAAGUUCUCAAUUUCUUCAUCAGUAAUUUUUCUUUGUCCUCCUAAGCUCUUUCAUUAUGAUUGCACAUAUUCUGAGUGCUGCUUUGCUCUUUGUUUCUCCACUCUUUCUGUCAGCAAGAGGGAGAGUGAAACGUUCUCCCCCCCAUAGUCUGCCUGCUGCUGCAAUGUUUGGGAUUGAAUCGCAUCCCGAGUGGCUCAGGUCGAGUUGGAAUAGAGUCCUCUGGCUCUUGAAGUGAAUCUAGCGCCGAGUCUACCUGCGUUCACUGUCAGAUCUUACAGCAUAGAGACAGCAGCUUCCUUGUGCUCAUCCUGUGCAAAUCCAUGACGUACUUAUCUUUGGUGCCCAAAAGACAAGACAUUGCUUUGCCAUAAUAACUGGCUAUGGUAUCCUUAGCUUUUAACUUCACCUGCUAUUAUGGUCUGUACAGAAUACUUGAGUUUGCAUACUGAUCAGUAUUUAAUCAGAUAGACCCCAGGAAAACUAUAGAAGCUAGGAACUGGUUUUCUUUCUUUGUAGGUAAAUAUUUUGUUUGGUUUAGAUAAGCUUGAAGAUUCAAGUAUAGAAAAAAUACUGAAGCUAGGAGUGAGGUCUGAUUUCUUUAUAAAUAUCGUAUCUUUAUUUGCACCACUAGUGGGUAUCUGAAGCAGCGCGAGUGUCGCACUCUAUUUUGGAAGCCUCAAUAUUGUUCCAAUUAAAAAUUUUAGUAUUCUGCUGAUAUUGCUGAAUUCCUACAGGCUUUGAUGGGAUUUCAGAAAACUCUUCCACAAUCUGACGGCUUGAGAAUUUCUCCCUAAAACUAUUAGACUCUACAAAUCCUUGACUGUGUAUAAUUAUUGUAGCAAAAGAUAGUGCAGGCUGGUUAUGUGAGCCAAGUGUCUAUGAGAAGUUUUUAACCUUUUUAAUUUAUAGCUGGCAUUCCUUUCUCCGAGAAAGGCUUGUGAUUCCCUUAGAGGUGAAAUAAUUUUCUUCUGCUGGUAGUUCUGCUACUGCAACCGCGUGGCUGUUUGUGAAGCACUUCUCUGGCCAUGUGCUGGACGAGUGACCCGUCCUGUCCUUUUUACGUUCCCAUAGUAUCUCUGUCCUCUAUAGAUGGCAAAAGUAAGCCAAUAGCAAGUUUCUAAUAUCAACCUGGCAGCAGCGACUGGUUCCAAACGCCCUUUUUCUCUUGGGAAUCCAUCACCGACCUCACUUUCAAAGGGAAUCGUGCCUGAGCCUCCAACCAUCUGUACUUCUGAUCCAGGAACCAGCUGCCCUCCCUGGAAGAGGCAGCUCAUCCCGGGAGCAGGAUCCCUUCUAGCAGCAGCCAUUAGCCGGGCGUUUGCGGACGGUUGGUUUUCCUGCUGCGUCGGGGCAGGACGUUAAGCUGCAAGUCACUUCUUUCCCCAGGGAAGUAAUUGGAACGGUUCUUUAAUGGCAUUAGUCCGCAGUGCUGUUUCUGUGACCAGAUAGCUGGGGAUGAACCCCUUAUGCCACCGAGGUGUCGGAACAAUGCGGGCGUGUAGUAAGGAAGUGAACUAGAAGUAAUUUGUCUGAGUCAGACUUUUCGGAUACAUAAGUUACACUCCCUGCCCUCCCCCAGUGCAUUGUGUGGGGAAUUGAGUCCCCUGUUUGUGUUCCUUUUUUAUUAGCAUUAAAACCAAAAGAAAUAAAGGGACAGUUGGGAAGCCACCUGCGAAUCGGCCAAAUGCUUAAGAAUCACAAAGAAGUGCCGUUUUCUCUCCCCAGCCCUUACCGGUUUUGAAUUUUAAGAUGAAUGUGGCUUUGUUUGUCUACAUGAACUUUAUUUUCCCUUGUUAUUUCUUCCUUGACACCUGACCGUGAGAUGCUGAGUGCCUCUAAAGAGGAGCAGAGCGUCUCAAUGCUUAGCUCAGUUUGUCAAAAAUUAGGAUUACUGGAUAAAAUUGAAGUAUUCAUUUUUUAAAUGAUGCUUCUCCUUCAGAUUUUAAGCCUCUUCUACAGGCAAUUUUAAAGGUUAAUGAAUCAAACUGAUCAAAAGUUUUCAGCAAGCCUUGAAUAGCAGAGUGACUAUACUGAGCUAUUAAUCAUUUAUUUUAUGAAGGAACAAAGCAAGCUCAGGGUUAUUUACUGCCGCUGCAUGCUGCCCUGGCAUACCCACUGUGCUUCACUUCUCUUUGGAGGACAGCUUGUGUGCUGUCAGGAUUGCUGCAGAACCGUUUCCGGGACAAUUACAUUAUUUAACAAAGGUGAAAAUUAAAUGGCUGCAUGACAUUUGGUUUAGCUAAGCUUUUCUGUACUGCGUUUGAUCCUUUUCAGUGAAGGGGAGGAUAUUUCUGAAAGGAAAAACGUAUGCUUGUCCAAUUUGUGCCACAGAGAAGCGCUUACGGAGGUUGUGGCUGCUGUAUGGUGUGAACAGCGUGAUGGCGUGCUUUGUCGUGGCCACCGUCCCUGUGUCUGGGCAAUAACCAGCCCUCCUCUGGGCAGCUGGGUCAGGGGGGAGAGGCUGCAGAAAAGCUUUGAUAUCGGUGCUGUGAGACUUUCUUGCCCUGGUAGAGUAGUUCAAGCUACGCUUUAAACUGAGCCAGGUCGCGGGUAGAGGUGUGGGGAUGAUCUCUGUCUGCAGAAGUAGACCAAAACCAGGCGUCCAUAGGGACUCCCAGUGACCGCCGAGGGUCCCCUGUGCACGCUUAGCUCUGCUGCCAGUUGGGAGCCCUCGUGGAUGACUGGUGCUAGCGGAAGUAACCAGAACCCAGGCUGGACGGGGCUUUGAGCAGCCUGGUCUAGCGGGAGGUGCCCCUGCCCAGGGCAGGGGGGUGGAACUGGAUGGUCUGAAGGUCCCUUCCAACCCAAACUAUCCUAUGAUUCUGUUACCCUGUGCAGAUACCCUCCCACAGGAGAAUCUGGCGUAACUCAAACUCAUUUUCACUGCAUCAGCACAAAUAUGACCUUUGGGUAACACCCGGAGCCGUGUGCUGUUUCCCAUUUGUCGGGUUAUGUUUGUUUUCCUGGAUCAUGCCAACCUGAAGCAGUAUGUGGUCGGUUUUCUGAUGCUGGUUUUGAAAUCCAGCAUCAGAUAAGGGAGGAGAGAAAAUAAGGCGUAAUGCUACCCAUGAUAAUGUCUGUCUGCCACUGUUAAUAUUUAUGGGGUGCUAAUCUUGAAUUUUCAACCUGUGUGUUCAUACCAGAUUGUUGGGAGGAGGUAACUUUUUUUCUUAGAAGAAUUUUCAUCUGUCUCAUUUCCUUAUGAGCCUGGUGAUAGGAAGGGGAAAACAAAUUAAAUGCUCUAUAAUACAAGUAUUUUUGCCUCUGCUUUUGAUACAUGUUUUGUGUUCGUAAUUGCUGUGUAAUCCAGGUCCUGAUUUUCUGACAGCGUAGAAUAAAGCGAAGAAAUAAACUCAGGUAACUUGUAAUUACGCUGCUCAGAAUGCAUGUAGGAAUGCCUGGGGUUUUGGUUUUAAACCAUGUGAAAGAGGGGGCAGUGGGCUGCUGAAGUAGCUCUUGUCGGCUAUGAAUUGACUUGUGCAGUUGGUGUAGUACAUCAAUCCAAUGUAAGACUUUCUGCCAAACUUAUUUGCCGUUUAUUUCUGUAUAAUCACUCUUUGAAUAUUAUAAUACUGUGCUUUCUAUAAUAAUAAAAACUUUAAUUUUUU